UUAACUCUGGUGGUGUAGCGGGUGGAGCUGCUAGCCUGCCUCACAGUUCCAGAGAGCUCGGUUCGAUCCAGGCUCUGGCGCUGUGCUGUGUGUGGCUGUGUGGAGUUUUCAUGUUCUCCCCAGUUUCCCCCGCUUCCUCUCCUGGGUCCUGAUGAGGCGUUCUCAGCUUGAAACCGGGUACAGAGAGCAAAUCAUCAAAGACUGCAGCAGGGAAGUCGGGAUAAUGAAACAAAUGGAAGAAAUGAUUCACGUAGCAAAGAAGCUGGAGUUCGACAAGUUAAAGGAAGAAUGUGGAAGCAUUAGAGAAGGUGCAGAGGAGAUUUACCAGGUUGCUGCCUGAAAAUGAGGAGCGACACAGCAGUGUAGUGCUUAGCACAACGCUUUAUGGUACCAGCAACCCGGGUUCAAUUCCCGCCACUGCCUGUGAAGAGUGUGUACUUUCUCCCCGUGACCGCGUGGAUUUCCUUCCACAGUCCAGAAACAUACCAGUUGACCUGACCGUUUCAAUGUUGUCCUGGCCAAUCUCCUGCUUUUGGACCAAAGACAUAGAGUCACACUGAAGCAACACCGGUAGCCUUGUUCAGGACGGACGUAUCUGGCUUUAGACCAUUUUGCAGUGGAAUAUCGGAAUCUGUCAAAUCUGGGUUUGGAACCAUGAGCUCGGUCGCUGUGCUUACACCAGAAAGCUUUGCUGAGCAUCGUAGUGGAUUGGGAGACCAGGAGACCAGAGGUGGAGUGCCAGAGGACGAAGCUUAUAUCCCGACAUAUCUGGAAGCUUUCCCUCCCCUCCCUGAGAAGGGAGCGCCAGGGGACAAGUCCGGUGAGCCAGUUGGAGCAUGGAGCAAAAUCCGACCAAUCAAGUCCUCGGUAAUUACACAGGUAUUUCACGUCCCUCUGGAGGAGCGCAGGUACAAAGACAACAGUCAGUUUGGCGAAGGCGAAGAGGCGAAGGUGUGCCUGGACAUCAUGCAGAAAACAGGAGCCCACAUUGAGCUUUCGUUAGCCAAGGAUCAGGGCCUCUCCAUCAUGGUGACGGGCAAACUCGACUCUGUCAUGAAAGCACGGAAGGAAAUCGUGGCUCGGCUUCAGACCCAGGCUUCAGCUACUGUUAUCAUACCAAAAGAACACCAUCGGUUUGUCAUCGGCAAGAACGGCGAAAAGCUGCAGGAGUUAGAACUGAAGACAGCCACCAAAAUCAACAUCCCUCGGCCGGAUGACCCCAGCAACCAAAUCAAGAUCACAGGGACGAAGGAGGGUAUUGAGAAGUCUCGGCACGAAAUUCUGCUUAUCUCUGCAGAGCAGGACAAGCGGGCCGUGGAGAGAAUAAAUCUCGAGAAAGUCUUCCAUCCCUUCAUUGCCGGUGCCUACAACAAAUUGGUCCAGGAGAUCAUGCAGGAGACUGGCGCUCGCAUUAACAUCCCGCCGCCUAGCAUCAAUAAGGAUGAGAUAUUCAUCACUGGCGAGAAAGAGCCCGUGGCCCAGGCAGGGAUCCGCAUCAGAAAGAUCUAUGAGGAGAAGAAACGCAAGACCACAACGAUAUCAGUCGAGGUAAAGAAAUCUCAGCAUAAGUACAUCAUAGGUCCGAAAGGCAACACCCUGCAGGAGAUACUGGACGUGACUGGAGUUUCUGUGGAAAUGCCAUCACUGGAGAGCAGCUCUGAGACCAUCAUUCUCCGAGGUGAACCUGACAAACUCGGCCCAGCUCUGACUCAGGUCUAUGCUAAGGCAAAGAGUGUGAUGGUAGCUGAAGUAACCGCACCCGCUUGGCUUCACCGCUUCAUCAUUGGCAAAAAAGGACAAAACAUUGGGCGGAUUACCCAGCAGCUGCCCAAGGUUCACAUUGAGUUCACUGAUGGAGAUGAGAAAAUCACACUGGAGGGUCCAACGGAGGAGGUGGAAGUUGCUCAAAACCAAAUCCAGGAGAUCAUUGAUGACCUGCUGAGCCGAAUGGACUACACAGAGAUCACAGUCGACCAAAAGUUCCACCGUCAUCUGAUUGGAAAGAACGGAACAAACAUAAAUCGUAUCAAGGAGCAGUACAAGGUGUCUGUGCGCAUCCCACCAGAUAACGAGAAGAGCAAUUUGGUUCGGAUUGAAGGAGAUCCACAAGGCGUCCAGCUGGCCAAGAAGGAACUGCUUGAGAUGGUGGUCAGGAUGGAAAACGAGCGGACCAAGGACCUGAUCAUCGAGCAGCGUUUGCAUCGAUCCAUCAUUGGUCAGAAGGGAGAGAAGAUCAAAGAGAUCCGUGACAAGUUUCCUGAGGUGAUUAUCAACUUCCCGGACCCUGCGCAGAAGAGUGACAUUGUGCAGCUGCGUGGUCCGAAGAAUGAGGUGGAGAAAUGUGGCAAGUUCCUUCAGAAAGUCAUCGCAGAUUUGAUUGAGAACAGCUACUCUGUCUCCAUCCCAAUCUUCAAGCAGUUCCACAAGAACAUCAUCGGUAAAGGAGGGGCCAACAUCAAAAAGAUUCGUGAGGAAACAAACACAAAGAUUGACCUCCCCACAGAGAACAGCAACUCAGAAGUGAUCCUCAUCACGGGGAAGAAAGCAAACUGUGAGGCUGCCCGAGACCGAAUCUUGUCCAUUCAGCGAGAACUGGCAAACAUCAAGGAAGUGGAUGUCUUGAUCCCAGCCAAACUGCACAACUCCCUGAUCGGGGCCAAGGGACGUCUGGUGCGGUCGCUGAUGGAGGAAUGCGGAGGGGUGCACAUUCACUUUCCAUCCGAAGGAUCAGGCAGCGACAAAGUCACCAUCAGAGGUCCUGUGGAGGAGGUGGAGAAGGCAAAGAAACAGCUGCUUCAGCUGGCUGAGGAGAAGCAAAUCAACAACUGCACCGUGGAGUUGCACGCCAAACCAGAGUACCACAAGUUCCUCAUCGGCCGCGGUGGGGGGAACAUCCGCAAAGUGCGCGACCGUACUGGGGCCAGGAUCAUCUUCCCAGCAGCCGAUGACAGGGACCAGGAGCUGAUCACCAUUGUCGGCAAAGAGGAAGCCAUUAAGCAGGCACACAAAGAGCUGGAGAUUCUCAUCAAGAACUUGGAUAACGUCAUUGAAGACCUGAUGAUCGUGGACCCCAAGUAUCACCGGCACUUUGUGGCACGCCGGGGCCAGGUGCUGCGGGAGAUCGCCGAGGAGUACGGGGGUGUGACUGUCAGCUUUCCCCGUACUGGGGUGCAGAGUGACAGGGUGAUGCUGAAGGGGGCGAAGGAUUGCGUGGAAGCAGCCAAACGCCGGAUACAGGAGAUCAUUGGGGACCUGGAGGCACAGGUGACCCUGGAAUGUGUGAUCCCACAGCGAUUCCACCGAGCGGUCAUGGGCCUGAAGGGCUCCAAGGUGCAACAGAUCACGAGGGACUGCGACGUGCUGAUCAAAUUCCCUGAGCGAGAUGAUAACCAAGGUCCAGACCUGCAUCCUCAGGAGAAUGGUGACCUGAGCUCCGACCUUCGGGAGACGGAGCACCCUCCCAGGAAGUGCGACGUCAUCGUGAUCUCGGGCCGGAAGGAAAAGUGCGAGGCAGCUCGUGAAGCAUUGCUGGCCCUGGUCCCUGUUACUGUGGAUCUUGGAGUUCCAUUUGACCUGCAUCGAUACAUCAUCGGGCAGAAAGGCAGCGGCAUUCGCAAGAUGAUGGAAGAAUACGAGGUGAAUAUCGCGGUACCCCCUCCAGACCAACAGUCCGAUGUCAUCAAGAUCACCGGCUUGACGGCCAACCUGGAACGAGCUCGGGCCGGGGUCCUGGAGCGGGUCAGAGAGCUGCAGGCGGAGCAGGAGGACCGGGCUUUACGGGGCUUUAAGCUGACCAUCUCAGUCGAUCCCAAGUACCACCCAAAGAUCAUUGGAAGGAAAGGAGCGGUCAUUUCGCAGAUUCGGAAAGAUCAUGAUGUGAACAUUCAGUUUCCUGACAAAGGCGAUGAAAAUCAGGAGCUGAUCACCAUCACAGGCUACGAGAGAAACACCGAGUCUGCUCGGGACGCCAUCAUGAAGAUUGUCGCCGACCUGGAGGAGAUGGUCAGUGAGGAUGUAAACCUUGACCAUCGGGUGCACGCCCGCAUCAUCGGGGGCAGGGGCAAGGCCAUCCGCAAAAUCAUGGAGGAGUUCAAGGUCGACAUCCGGUUCCCGCCGCCCGGCUCAGAUGACCCAAACCGCGUCACAGUGACUGGGCUACCCGACAAUGUCGAUAACGCCAUCGAUCACCUUCUCAACCUGGAGGAAGAAUAUAUGAUGGCGAUCGUAGAGUCAGAGACGAUGGCAGCCUACAUGAAGCCACCCUCGAAGGUGGAGGAGGAACCCCGAGGCUCGGCGAAAGGGUUUGUCGUCCGGGACGCCCCUUGGAACGCCCCCUGCAACAAGGCUCCGGACGUGAGCAGUGCUGAAGAAUUCCCAAUGUUUGGAACAGUCGUCGCUCCACGCCAGGCCUCAGCCUGGGGUCCUAAGAAAGUCUAGAUCCCAGUUGGUGAUUUUAGGAAAAAAAAAGUUUCCUGUCCAGUUUGGAGAUUUUUUUUUGUUUUCGCCCACCCCUCCCCUCACCCUGAAGCUUUGACAUGACAGUUUUCUAUAAAAAUUGAAAUGUCCAGAGUAUUAGCUGCAGAACCACUGUCCUGUGUACAAUCUGUUGAGAAGAAGGGAAGGGGACGCAAUCCAUUCCUGCGUGUGAGUGUUUGUUCCCGGGGGGCCAGGAGAAGCCCCUCCCAGCCCACUUCUCAUCUCCAGUGUUUUCGAUAGAUAGGAGGAGUGGGUCAAGAAGUGGGGAGAAGCCGGGGCCAUCUGCUCUCCUGAAGACAAAGUCACCACUGCUGGUGAGCCAGUCAAGUCACCCUUCCCCUGUUAAGUCCCUGAGUACCAUGGCUCCACCGCCCGUGAAGAAGCUACCUUCUCAGGCCGGUAUCAAUCUGGAAUGCUGACCUUGGGCGUGGGAGCCUUUAACCCUUCCCCAACCCCUCUUGCUUGCUGCUGUGGAACAAGGUGGUGCGGAUCCAAGGCACGAUGAGGAAAGGUCCUGGCAUCAACAGAUAAAGUGGUUCCAGUCUCUUAAGUUGUCUGACUGGUGGAGGGAGGGUAUGUUGUAAUGGGGAACAAGUGGGAACUGAAAAACAGAAGGAAGUCAAGUGGGGGGAGAGAGAGAGAGAAGCUGGUGGAGCCCUUGGUCUGGAGAGCGGUACCAAGACGGACUGAGGGGAGACCAGCAUCAGGAUGGAGGCUGAGCACCCUUAAGGCCUCUGAUCUCUCCUGAUCACCCUCCCUCCCUCCACUCAGCACCAGGAUAAAAUCAUGUCAGCUCUCGAGGCCCGGUCAGAACAGGUCAGAGAUAGGAAUCUGCCCUUCUCCACCAGCCGCAUCUCGACCCACCUAACGGGGGCUGAAGGGUUCGGCCUGAGGCUACUCCCACUGGAGCAAAGCGAUUGUUUUCUCUGCCUCCCACAGCCCCUCCCGUAUCCUCCCCAUCGGCAGCAGGUGGAAUGGUCACUACAGGGAGCGUCUUGGGACACAGGCCCACCUGGAUAGUGUCCUGUUUAUUCCCCCUGUUCCAUUUUAACCACAUCUUGUUCAAUUUGUCAACUUGAGAAAGGGUACUUGGGUUGUCUGAAAUCCACAUAGCUUGGCUAUUUUUGGCGAUUUCCUGUUUCAGCGUUAAAGGCAUGUAGAGCCUGAAUUUCAUCUUAAACCGAAAUGAUCAAGCACAGAGGGACACUUGGGAAAGCAACAUUGGGGUGUCCGUACAGCAACAAGAACUGCUGGGGAGUCUUUGAUUCUCGAGUCACUUGGGCUCUUUGUCGAACCCCCAACAUAUGCAGUACGUUCCUCUGUGUAUGUGUGUCUCACCCUCAAUGCAUUCUCACGGGCUGUGUUUCACUGUGUCUUUCUCUGUCCUGUCUUCCUUUCUUUCUAUCCCACUCCCCUCUCUCCCCCUGCUCCUCCCUCUAUCUCUCUCUCUCACUGAUUUCUCUGUAGCCAUGUGUCUUUCACUCAGUUUCCCUUUCUGUUUGUGUGUGGUUUUCACUCUUUUUCUCUCUAUUACUGUCUUGUUCUCUCCCUAUUUUUCCCUGUUCACUUCCUCUCUCCUUCUUUCCCAUAUAGUUGUUAAUCUCCCAAGACAGGGAUAACUUAGAUCAGCUCAAGACAUUUUUACAAGGAGUGGGAUUUGGGGUUAACUACUUCACAGCCAGAUCCAGCCUCCUACACACACACACACACACACACAACACCACCCCCACCCGCUAGCCGGAUGGUCCAAAUCUUGGACUCACUGUCCCAUUGACACUUAAAACACAAGACAUAUCAUCCACCGGGUUUUUGCGCCCGCCGACAGGAAUCUGGAAUCAUUUCCCUUUCUUCCCAGCUCAGCCAGCAAGCUGUGGAGGUCAGCUGGGUGCAGGGAAUCUGAUCAGAUAUUGAACCAAAGUGCUCUCACCACAGUUUAAAGAGUGGAGAGGCAGGGAGGUGACAGUGGUCAAACCUAAUCUAUAAACAGAAUUGGUUCAGGAGACCCUCUGAACCCAGGUUAUACAAAGAGGCUGGGUCCUUGUUUAUCACUGGUCUGAUUUCCCUUGAACCAAAGCUGUACCCGUCAGUGGCAGAGUUGGAACAGGUUCCUACCGCACUUUGCUACCAAAGGAAUCCAAGUCUUCAGGUUUUCUAUGCAUGUAAAGGUGUUUACUACAGGCACCAUUUCCUGGGUUUAUUUGGCCAAUUUUCUGCUCUCCUCCCCCCCCCCCGCCCCCGACUUUGUAAGGCUUCCGACUCAAUCCAGUGGGGUUUACCCAAAGCUCCUGGGCCAACUGACCCUCACCUCCAUGGAGCUGUCUGGAGGGACUUGUCAAGCAGGGUCUGUGGAGGUAGAGGGAUGGUUGAGGCCCCCAAAGUGUGAUUGGGAGGGAGAGGCAGGGGCUGGUAGGUGAUAGGUGGAACCAGAUGGUAGGGGGAAUAAAAGGCUGGGAGGGUGCUGAUAUUGAGAUGGAGGGUGAUAGGUGUAACCAGAUGGUAGGGGGAAUAAAAGGCUGGGAGGGUGCUGAUAUUGAGAUGGAGGGUGAUAGGUGUAACCAGAUAGGGGAGGAG